UAACGUGAACUGGUCCGAGUGUAUUUUGCUAUUGGGGAACAUUCUGGCUUUCAAUAAACAGGCAUAUGUUUAGGACGUUUGAGUUAUCAGAUUUUUACUUUGUUAAAAAUGAAACUAAGGUUUUUAAAAAAUGCGCACGAGACUCGCGCUCUGCUGUGUUCUAUUUCGGAACGUUCGUGCAUUGUGACAUCACUCAGCAGUCCCUUAUAACCGCGCGCUCGCAGACUGUCUUCACAGUCAGAGACAGUGAGAAUCUGAGCGAGUUUGAGUGCUAGAGAAGAUCUACAUACGAAAGUCUGCAGACACAACACACACAGUGUACAGACUAAAGUCUACUAAACACUCGAGAGUUUGUCCACUCACUCUCAGCGUCACGAUGUGUCCAGCAUCUGAGUCCGUGUCUAAUGAGACAGAAGCGGCUGCGUGGCUGGAUAACAUCAGCUUCUGCAGCGGCUUCUGUCAGUGGAUCGACGAAGAGUUGAUCGAUUCACUGCCAGCUGACUCCCAGCAGCCUGUCGAGUCAACAAGGGCUUCAGAAGCAGAAGCAGUGAGUGCACAGCCUUCUGCUGAGAAAAGCCCGACAGAGAUUCGUACUGGAGGCAGCAGGAGGAGCAGAAUCCAUGCGUUCUUCAAGAGAGCCUGGAAGGCCGUGAAGAAGCCGUUCCUCCGCUGCAGAAGGACACGAGUGGAGUCUGAUCCCGAACCGGCGUCUGUCCCGGGACCCUCUGAGCUCCAGAACGGGCCUGACACCGAGCCCACAUCUGCUCCAGAUCUCCCCGACUGGAGACCAACUACCAAGUCUUUGCACAAAUUGUACACAAUGCAAGAUUUGAUAGGAACAGGAAGCUUCGGCAAGGUGUAUAAGGCAAUCCGAAAAUCAGACGGCCGAGAGGUUGCCAUCAAAACAACGCGGAAAUGGAACAACUGCUAUUCUCUUCAAAUACCUGGUUGUUCCAGACGUCUGGCUACAGAAGUGGGGCUGAUGCUGAUGUUGAGACGUCCUCCAGUGUGUCCCUACAUCAUAGAAAUGUACGAGUGGUUCGAUCGACCCCUGGUCUUCUCACUCGUUCUGGAGUUCCCUCAACCCUGCGUGACCUUGCGAGAGUUCAUCAUGGAUUCGUCAGGACUGAGUGAAGCGGUCGCACGUGGCUUCAUGCGUCAGUUAGUCCUGGCGGUGCAGCACUGCAUAAACCACCGCGUGUUUCAUAAUGACGUCCAUGCUGACAACGUCCUGGUGAACACCGACACUCUGGAGCUGAAGCUGAUUGACUUCGGCUCCGGUCACCUGCUUGACAGCACUGGAUAUGACAGCGUCAAAUAUAUAGGAGCAUUCCUGUUCUGCCCACCAGAGGUCUUCUCCAAACCCAAAUACUACGCCGUCCCAACAAACGUCUGGACUCUAGGUGUGACGCUGUACAUGAUGGUCAACAUAAAGCUGCCUUUUUCAAGUGUCAAGCAAAUAUUGAAAGCCUGUCCUUUCCCUUGGAAAGCUGACCUAUCCAGCGCAUGCAGUGAUCUGAUCCACCAGUGUCUGGAGCGCAGUCCAGCGAAGCGGCCCACGUUAGAGCAGAUCUUACAGCACCAAUGGUUUGAAAGUCAGCUCUAGGAUGAAGGCAGGCGUGGGAUCCUUCUGUCCUCUGGGUCAGACGAAGAGAAGAUCUGCAGUUAUUCUCAUUAGAGUGAGGAUCAAUAAUACUGUUCCUCAGAGGACACACAACAUCCAGUCGGCUGAAGAACCCUGGACUAGACAGAAAACACAACUCAGAGACAGAAACAAUGUCUCAUUCUCUCGAGAACAUGAACCA